AGGAAAGGGAUGCAGCCAGGACGGUCCCCCAAGUUCGGGUCACAGAUAAUCAAAAAAAGUAUUACACGUUAUAUUAUUAUUACAUGAAUGUGGCGACAGCGACCCGUGAUCCGCACUUGGGGGUGCUCUGGCUGCGUCAGAGGAAAG